AUGGCUAAGUUCCACAUGGACCCUUCCUCUGUGAGUUCCACUAUGAACGGUGAUGCUUCUCCACACAAUCCUCCGACUCUACAGGAACAGGGCGAUACGUUCUGCCGUAAUUGCUUCUGCACUAAGUGCGUGAAGCAUCGCCACAUAUCCGAUGGCUGGUCUGACUUCAACCCCAAUGCCAAAUUUGGUACCCUUGGCCAGCCUAAGAGUGACAAGCCUGACUCCAAAUUGGAUGCCCCUGAUGCCAGGUUUGAGACCCGAUUUGCUGCUUCUCCAGGCAAUCCUCCAACCGAGCUGUCAGCACCCUGCAAAAGGUGCCCUCUGUUUUCCUGCAUUUGUCCCAAGAACAAAAAGCCUGACUCCAAAUCGGAUGCCACUGCUGCCCGAUUUGAUGCUUCUCCAUGCAUUCCUCCAACCGAGCUGUCAGCACCCUGCAAAAGGUGCCCUCUGUUUUCCUGCAUUUGUCCCAGGAACAAAAAGCCUGACUCCAAAUCGGAUGCCACUGCUGCCCGAUUUGAUGCUUCUCCAUGCAUUCCUCUAACUCAGCGGUUAUUCAGAUGGUGCAGUAAGUGCGAAACGGUGACCUGCCCCAAUGCCACUACCACUGUCGGCCCUCCGCCCUGCCUUACGUGUCGCAAGCCUGGUUGUUUUGGCGGUCUGACCAAGCCUGGCUCUUUAUUACACCCCCAUAGCUUGCCCAAGGGUGAUUCUGUGCCCAAGCCUGGGUCUCUAUUCACGUCUGGCUUGCCCGAUUCCCAUGGCUUGCUCAAGGGUGACAAGCCUGGCCCCAAAGUCGAGGCCCUUGACGUCAGUUUUGAUGGCAUUAACGCCAAACUUGAUGCCAUGCAUGAUGCUCUUAACUCACUAUCUGAUGAUAUGGGCUCCAAAUUUGGUGCUCUUAUCCGCCACCUUGUUGAAAACCUCGCGAAGACUCCGAAGGGAUUUGGCAUUUAG